GAAACAGGAGAGCGUCUGUUGGUUCGUUUCUCCCUCGACCAGCCCUUUAUAUAGUCCUCUCUGUGUCCCCCUGAGGGAGACUGAGAUUUCUGAACCUCUCAGCCCACACCCAGCUUUUCCCCAGCAGCAGAGAAGCAGGUCGUCAUCAUGAGUGAGGACACCAGGAACUCUCUGGAAAAAAUCCUUCCACAGCUGAAGUGCCAUUUCACCUGGAACUUAUUCAGGGAAGGAAGUAUCUCAACUCAUAUGGAAGAUAGAGUGUAUAACCAGAUUGAAUUUUUAAACUCUGAGCAUAAAGCAACAAUGUACAACUUGCUGGCAUACAUAAAACAUCUAGAUGGUGAAAAUGAGGCAGCCCUGGAGUGCUUAGGGCAAGCUGAAGACUUACUGAAGCCAAACCAGGAUGAUCAAGCAGAAAUGAGAUGUCUGGUCACCUGGGGAAACUAUGCUUGGGUCUACUAUCACAUGGGCCGGCUUUCAGAAGCCCAGGCUUAUGUUGACAAGGUGAAACAUGUGUGCAAGAAGUUUGCAAAUCCUUACAGCAUGGAAUGUCCGGAACUUGAGUGUGAGGAAGGAUGGACACGCCUAAAGUGUGGAAGGAAUGAAAGAGCCAAAAUGUGUUUCGAAAAGGCUCUGGAAGAGAAGCCUAGUGAUCCAGAGUGCUCCUCUGGACUUGCAAUUGCCAUGUACCAUCUAGAAGAAAACCCAGAGAAGCAGUUCUCUGCUGAUGCUCUGAAGCAGGCCAUAGAACUGAAUUCUCAGAACCAGUAUGUCAAAGCUCUCUUGGCCCUGAAACUGCAGAGGAUGGGAGAAGAAGCUGAAGGAAAGCAAUUGAUUGAAGAUGCCCUGAGAAAAGUUCCUAAUCAAACAGAUGUCCUGCAAAAGGCAGUCCAGUUUUUCAGGAGAAAGGGUAACCUAGACAGAGCUAUCAAACUCCUUGUAACAGCACUAGGAUCCACCACACACAACAGUCCCCUCUACUGCUCGGCCAUGGCCCAUUACAGGAUGAAACUGGAGCAAUUGCAGAAGAGAGGGGAUGCUGAAACCAGUGAGAGCAAGGAGAUAAUGGAGGAACUGAGAAGACUGACGAUGGAGUACAUGCAUCAGGCUCUUCAGAGGAGGCGAAGUCCUCUGAACUCCUACUCAGAUCUCAUCGAUUUCCCGGAAGUAGAACAAUACUAUCAGUUGGUCUUCAGCAAGAAGAGUCCUCCUGCUGAGGAAGAGCAGCUCUACAAGCGCUAUUGUGACCUCCAGGAGGAUCACCGGAAGUCUGCAGACCUCGCUGCUCUGAAAGAUUUCCUGCAGUCUCAGAGAAAUGAAUCCAUUGAGAAGGAAGAGGUGAAGGAGCAAGCAGAGGCCGCAAAUGAAAACUUGUAACAGCAAAAUGCACUGGAUCUUGGCCUCUCCAGGGAAUAAGUCAGAACCCGGGAGUGGGAGGUGGGGUGGGGGACACUCUUUGAGCCACAAACAACCUUUUCUUGACAGCAUCUGAGCCUGAGGACAACAGGAAGUGUACCAGAGUGCAGGAGCUCAACUCUGCACUGUGAGAGAAGUUUGCUGUGGAGUGAUUGCUACAAGGUUUGGACAUGGAGAAGCCUUUCUGUCAAGUGUUGCUGAGCAGGCUGCUCUGGCUUAAUUGCUUUAAGGAACACUUUUAAAGAACUGCUUUCUCUUCCUGACUCCCCUGCCCGUCCUAGCCAUAUAAUUUUCCAGUCAACAGGUCUUAUCACUAAUGGCCCAGAGAAACAGCAUUCCAGGCUCACAUAACACUUUUGUUUAACACUAGAAUAUUCUCUGCUCCCUUUUCUUUUGUUCUACCAUGCAUUUACAUGUGUUCCUAAUGAUGAUCCUAUAAAAAAUAUGUAUGACAAACUAAAAUUCUAUAAUAAAUC